AUGCUGAUGCAGCGGGCAAGGAGUAUCUCAUCCACCACCGCCAAUCCUGCCCUGGGACUGGGAUUGCUGCUGUGGAGUGUUAUCCAGUAUAAUACCACUGUUCUUGUUGUCGAUAUUCUCAGGCCGGAUGGACCGGCUACUGUCCAGGAUCUCAGCAAUUAUCAGACAAGUUUCCUGUUGCAGAAGCAGCAGACGGGCCUGUGGGUGCUGUGGUAUCUUUUGCUAUCAAUGUGCUGCAUUACAUUGGCUUCGGAAUAUGAGUUCCUGUACGAGUUGAAGCUCGAUGAGGAGCAGAACCAGAGCAAUGCCUGUUUUCUGAGACCGAUGCCAACAUUAUCUUCAAUUUACACCCAAUCCCCCGUCUUUCCAGAUAUACUGUUCUGCCGAGCUUCAAACAAAGAGGCAGCGCAAUCUGCCUCACCUUCACAAAUGUUGAUGGUCGGGAUGGUGGUAUCACAGGACGCCGUUGCGCUUAGAAAAGAGCGCCAGGGGGUAUCCUCAAUAUUAUUGACAGUAGAGCAGUGGUGUUUAGAUCCACACCGGCUUCGGAGCCUUGUGAUCCUUGGCGUAUCGGCAGAGAUGACAGGCGCCCGCGGCCAACCCGAGUCAAUUUUCACAGUCGAAGCGCACGCGGACGAAUUGGCUGACCAAUCCCCCAACCAAGCAACGUCGGCCAAAGAGCCCAGUACUAUGUCCAGCCAGCUCUUGAGUAACCCGGCCGUGGACAUCGAGCGGGAGCAGCGGCCAGCCGUGUCGUUAUCUACGGUCGAAGGAAUUGACAGACCAGAUCCUCGACCAAACAGCAUCACCUAA